UUUGAACAGCACUGAGAUUCAAUCACUUUCUAGAGAUCGAAAAUUUCUCUACGGUGUCAGUGCUAGGGUUUCACAGUUAUAGUGGAACAUGGGAGAACGGAAGCGAGUCCCUCUUGGGAUCUUUGCGGUGCUCCUUUUGAUCUCCGCCUCUUCUUUUCAGCUUCUCCGCGCUUCUGACGAUGCAGACGAUGCGAUCUUCUACGAGUCAUUCGACGAGGAUUUUCCGGACCGGUGGAUCAUUUCUCAGAAAGACGAAUACAGUGGUGUCUGGAAACAUGCCAAGAGUGAGGGACAUGAUGAUUAUGGUCUUCUAGUCAGUGAGAAAGCGAGGAAAUACGCCAUAGUGAAGGAACUUGACCAGGCGGUGAGUUUCAAGGACGGAACUGUUGUUCUCCAGUUUGAAACUCGGCUUCAGAAUGGCCUUGAAUGCGGUGGAGCAUAUCUAAAAUAUCUCCGACCACAGGAGGCUGGAUGGAAACCUAAGGAAUUUGACAACGAAUCUCCGUAUUCUAUCAUGUUCGGUCCUGAUAAAUGUGGUUCCACAAACAAAGUACACUUCAUUUUCAAACACAAGAAUCCCAAGACUGGGGAGUAUGUUGAACACCAUCUUAAGGCUCCCCCUUCUGUCCCUUCUGAUAAAUUAUCUCAUGUUUACACGGCUAUUUUGAAGCCUGACAAUGAGGUGCAAAUUUUGGUAGAUGGGGAACAGAAGAAGAAGGCAAACUUCUUGAGUGCUGAUGAUUUUGAACCUCCUCUUAUCCCUCCCAAGACAAUCCCAGAUGCUGACGAUAAGAAGCCUGAGGACUGGGAUGAGAGAGAGAAAAUUCCAGACCCAAGUGCGGUAAAGCCAGACGACUGGGAUGAGGAUGCACCCUUGGAAAUUGUUGAUGAAGAAGCUGAAAAACCUGAAGGAUGGUUAGAUGAUGAACCGGAGGAGAUAGAUGAUCCAGAGGCCACAAAACCGGAAGAUUGGGACGAUGAGGAGGAUGGUGAAUGGGAAGCCCCAAAGAUUGAGAACCCAAAAUGUGAAGCCGCCCCAGGCUGUGGUGAGUGGAAGAGGCCAAUGAAGAGGAAUCCUGCUUAUAAGGGAAAAUGGCAUGCACCACUCAUUGAAAAUCCUGCUUAUAAGGGUAUAUGGAAACCUAGGGAUAUUCCAAACCCUGCUUACUUUGAACUUAAGAAACCUGAUUUUGAGCCAAUCGCAGCUAUUGGUAUUGAGAUUUGGACAAUGCAAGAUGGCAUUUUGUUUGACAACAUCUUGAUAGCUAAAGAUGAUAAAAUUGCUGAGUCGUAUCGGGAGACUACUUGGAAACCCAAGUUUUCAGUUGAAAAAGAGAAACAGAAGGCAGAGGAAGCUGAAGCUGGAUCAAAUGGUCUUGCUGGAUUCCAGAAGAAGGUAUUUGACCUCUUAUACAAGAUCGCAGACAUUCCCUUCCUGAGUGCCUAUAAGCCUAAAAUCCAUGUGAGUAACAUACAAAUAUUUGUCUUCUUUCCGAAUAGCGUCUUCUUGGAAAAUGACUUACAAUUCUAUCUAUCUAUCUUUUUUCUACAGGAUCUCAUCGAGAAAGGUGAAGAGCAACCCAAUCUUACUGUUGGCAUUCUAGUGGCCAUUUUGGUUGUCUUCGUGUCAAUUUUCUUCAGGAUCAUAUUUGGUGGGAAGAAGCAGCCCACGAAGGUGGAGAAGACAAAUGUAGACUCCUCUGCCAAGAACCAAAGUGGCGAGAACGGCGAGAACGAGGAAAACAAAGAAAACAAAGAGAAGGAAGAAUCAUCUUCUGCCCCCCCACGUCGGAGGUCGACAAGGAGAGAGAAUUAAAAUAUGAUUGAAUAGUUUGUGUGUGACAUGGUUACUGUUGGAGAUCUAGUAGUUUUAUUUGAAGUUAAUUGGAGAGGAUGUACAAUUACAAUUAUUUUAUUUUUCUUUAUAUUUUUAGUGAUGUAGCAAAGAAAUUAAUUUCUGUUAUAAAUUUUGAAUUUUCCUUUACUUA